UUCCUGCCUCUCUCAGUCCGGUUUUGGAGACUCCUGCGUCCUCCGACUUUUCAUGGAAGAGAUGUCAGGAGAAAGUGUGGUGAGUUCAGCGGUGCCAGCAGCUGCUACCCGCACCACUUCCUUCAAGGGCACGAGCCCCAGCUCCAAGUACGUGAAGCUGAAUGUGGGCGGGGCGCUCUACUACACCACCAUGCAGACGCUGACCAAGCAGGACACCAUGCUGAAAGCCAUGUUCAGCGGGCGCAUGGAAGUGCUCACGGACAGCGAAGGCUGGAUCCUUAUUGACCGGUGUGGAAAGCACUUUGGUACGAUACUCAACUACCUUCGUGAUGGGGCGGUCCCCUUGCCCGAGAGCCGGCGGGAGAUUGAGGAGCUGCUGGCAGAAGCCAAGUACUACCUGGUCCAGGGCCUGGUGGAAGAAUGCCAGGCAGCCUUACAACAGAACAAAGAUACUUACGAGCCUUUCUGCAAAGUUCCUGUCAUCACCUCAUCCAAGGAAGAGCAGAAACUUAUAGCGACUUCAAAUAAGCCAGCCGUGAAGCUGCUCUACAAUCGAAGUAACAACAAAUACUCGUACACCAGCAAUUCUGACGACAAUAUGUUGAAAAACAUUGAGCUCUUUGAUAAGCUCUCUCUGCGCUUUAAUGGAAGGGUCCUGUUCAUAAAGGAUGUCAUUGGGGACGAAAUCUGCUGCUGGUCCUUUUACGGGCAGGGCCGCAAGAUUGCUGAGGUCUGCUGCACCUCCAUUGUCUACGCCACUGAGAAGAAGCAGACCAAGGUGGAGUUCCCAGAGGCCCGGAUUUAUGAGGAAACCCUCAAUAUUCUGUUGUACGAGGCCCAGGACGGCCGAGGACCUGACAAUGCACUCCUGGAGGCCACCGGCGGGGCAGCGGGCCGCUCGCAUCACCUGGAUGAGGACGAAGAGCGGGAGCGGGAGCGGAUCGAGCGUGUGCGGCGGAUCCACAUCAAGCGCCCAGACGACCGGGCCCACCUGCACCAGUGAGCCGGCCGACCUCAGCCGUCCCCGCCUCCUCCCUCCUCCUCCUCCCUGCUCUUCACUCCGAUUCCUGCGGACUCCUGGGCACCGUCCAGGUCCCCUGCAGUCCGGAGAUCCGUUUCUGUAACAAGCCAGAUGAUUAUUUUGAUACUUCUCAACCGGGUGACUGUCUUUCCCCAGGUGAAUGCACCCCUGUUGUCGAGCAAGCUGUGUCCAAGGUCUCCCCCUUUCAUGGGGAUCUGAGAAUCCUUGGAGCCAGGCUCUCUCAGCUCUCGGAGAAAAGUAUGAAUGGGUAUGAAGUGGACGUGAGCAAUUUUGUUUGCAGUAUUUAUUUUGGUGGGUGCUGAUUCCCUGUUUGGGCUUUGGGGUGGCAUUCUAUCGGGGCUCAGUCUGGCCGCUCUGAGAGGGACCCUGCAGUUGGUGGCCACCACAGGUUUCCCUGAGCUCCCUGUUUCAGAACCCUCUGGGCUGGCGUGCUGGCUGCAUUUCCCUGCGUUAGACCAGGCUGUUCUCCGGGUCUCUGCUAGAAGUCCAUUCUGCCCCUGGGUUUCACCCCUGUGGUACCGGCAGAUGAUUGCAGUUUGUGGCAAAGAUAGGACCAAUGGGCUUCGUGCCUCUGACUGUUCGAGUGUAGCUCUCAGUUCCCAGCUCUGUUGGAGGGGCAGGCCUGUCAGGACCCCACACACCUGGCUAAGGGCAGAGCUGGCCCCGGCCGGAAGUGCACAGCUCUGUUCCUGGCUCCUUUCCCACCUCCUGCCCCUUCCACUUGUCCCCCUUGUUGACCCAACUCCGUCCUUAGGGCCACAUGGCCUGGUUGUGGACGGAGCUCACAUACAUUCUGGGCUCAUCGGCCUUCUUCCCUGUUAAGCUGGGCUUCCUGUCUCAAGUAGAAGUCCUGCCCUUUGCUUAGAAAGGGGACAUGGCCAGGCCUCUAUCCCCCGGCCUGGCAUCCAGGCAGGGAGCCCGUUCACACCAGCAGUCUCGGGGCAGCUCGCCUGCUGUACGUAGCCCUCCCCCGGAGAUCCCCUCUGUGUCUUUGCCUCUGAGUUUUACAUGGUGUGGAGUGGCCACAGCGAGAGAGUUGGAGGAUGUGCAGCUCCUUUGGGGUCCAGUUAAGUGUUUAUGUUCAUGUUUAAGGGACGUGUGCGACUGUAGAUGGGAAUGUGUUUGUGUGGAGUGCAGGCGGCCCGCACUGGAGCCCGGCUGUCUGCAUGGUGCUUAUGGAGGACGGAUGUUCUCGGUUACCUACCUCCCAGCCUCCGCGCCUGUGAAGGGACAGAAGCGAGUGGUGACUGAUGUGGCUGGUCACGACUAGACUAGGUAGACUAGUUGCAAGGAGAUGUGAACGUGUGUUAGGUGAUGGAUGGGAUUUGUCUGCUCUUCAAGGGAAAUGUUACUGUUUUAUACCAAAGGUAUUAACAUGGGCAGCCUUCGACACAGUGUAUUCCAAAAAACGAGUUUCUAUUUUGAAAUGGUUUUUACAGCUUAGGCUUUGUACAUACUGCCCUUCUUGGGACAGUGGUAUGCCUUUAUUUUGUAUCGAGCAACAAAGUCUCCAAUAAAACUUUAAAACAA